AUGUCAGCCCAAGAAGCUGCAGACAUUGAAACUCCAUUAUUUCAACAAUCAAUAAUAGAAAAUGAAAUAAAUACACAAGAACUUUUGGAUGAGCCUGAUAAGCACGUUGAGCAUGGGUUUAUUGAAUUCGGGGAUAAAUUAAUCGAGGCCCAGACUGCCCCUCUGGAUAGGUACUUUAUUGACUGCAAUGGAUACUCUUACCUUUAUGUUGCUGCAAAAUUAUGGUGUGAGGAAACUGGAAGCAUUCUUUAUGAUGUUAAUUUCGGUGAUGGCGGUCUGUUUUUGGAUUGA